CGUGCCGUGUGGGGUGGACGAGGGACGGGCCUGGCUUGGCUUGACGACUUCACUGUUCGUCCGUCUGUCUGCGCAUCUGGCUCCCUUUCCUUUCCUUUUCAGCGCCGCUUCCUCCCUUCCACUCCCCGCAACCUCCCGGCCAGGGGCAGCCGUCCUGUUCCCCCCCCCCCAUCGUCGUCGACGCCGACCGAGGGAAUGUUGUGACAGCGGAUGCGUCACUAGAGCUCGAGGGAUGGAGAGAUGCGACUGCAUCGAGCCGCUGUGGCCGACGGACGAGCUGCUCAUCAAGUACCAGUACAUCUCCGACUUCUUCAUCGCCCUCGCCUACUUCUCCAUCCCGCUGGAGCUCAUCUACUUCGUCAAGAAGUCGUCCUUCUUCCCCUACCGAUGGGUCCUCAUCCAGUUCGGCGCCUUCAUCGUCCUCUGCGGCGCGACCCACCUCAUCAACCUCUGGACCUUCACCACGCACACCAAGACCGUCGCGAUGGUCAUGACCGUCGCCAAGGUUUCGACGGCGGUCGUAUCCUGCGCGACGGCAUUGAUGCUCGUGCACAUCAUCCCCGACCUGCUCAGUGUGAAGACGAGGGAGCUGUUUCUGAAGAACAAAGCUGAGGAGCUGGACUGGGAGAUGGGCCUGAUAAGGACGCAGGAGGAGACAGGGAGGCAUGUCAGGAUGCUGACUCAUGAGAUCAGGAGCACGCUUGACAGGCACACAAUUUUGAAGACUACUAUCGUUGAGCUAGGGAGGACCUUGGGGCUGGAGGAAUGUGCCCUGUGGAUGCCGUCGCGAAGCGGUUCGAGCCUCCAGCUCUCGCAUACUCUGCGCCACCAGAUUACCGUCGGGUCAUCUAUACCGAUCAAUCUUCCUGUGAUCAACCAAGUUUUCAGCAGCAACCGGGCAAUUAUAAUACCCCACACAUGCCCUUUGGCACGGAUUCGGCCUCUUGCAGGACGAUAUGUUCCACCAGAAGUGGCUGCAGUGCGAGUACCUCUUCUAAAUCUCUCAAACUUCCAAAUAAAUGACUGGCCAGAGCUUUCAGCGAAAAGCUAUGCUAUUAUGGUUCUGAUGCUUCCAUCUGAUAGUGCAAGGAACUGGCAUGUGCAUGAGUUGGAGCUUGUUGAGGUUGUCGCCGAUCAGGUUGCAGUUGCACUCUCUCAUGCAGCUAUUCUUGAAGAGUCCAUGCGUGCACGCGAUUUACUAAUGGAGCAAAACGUUGCCCUGGAUUUAGCUCGGCGAGAGGCUGAAACGGCCAUCCGUGCUCGGAACGAUUUCCUAGCUGUUAUGAAUCACGAAAUGCGAACACCAAUGAAUGCUAUUAUAGCUCUCUCUUCCUUACUUUUGGAAACUGAACUCACUCCUGAGCAGCGUCUAAUGGUGGAAACGGUUUUAAAAAGCAGCAACCUUCUAGCAACACUUAUCAAUGAUGUAUUAGAUCUUUCCAAACUUGAGGAUGGCAGCCUUGAGUUGGAGAUCAGAGCAUUCAAUCUUCAUGCUGUUUUCAAAGAGGUGAUGAGUUUCAUCAGACCAAUCGCAGCUAUCAAGAGUCUAUCUAUGUCUGUUAUGUUAGCACCAGAUUUGCCAUUAUGUGCUAUUGGUGACGAAAAGAGGCUAAUGCAAACUAUUCUGAAUAUCUCUGGCAAUGCUGUUAAGUUCACCAAGGAGGGCCACAUCACACUUUUAGCCUCCGUUCUCAAGCCUGAUUCUUUAAGAGAGUUCAGAACCUCAGACUUUCAUCCAGCUGCAUGUGAUGGCCAUUUUUAUUUGAAAGUUCAGCUAAAGGAUACAGGCUGUGGCAUUAGCCCUCAGGAUCUACCUCAUGUAUUUACAAAAUUCGCUCAAACUCAGCCUGGUGGUAACCGAGGAUACAGUGGUAGUGGCCUUGGCCUUGCCAUUUGCAGGAGGUUUGUUACUCUGAUGGGAGGGCACAUCUGGCUGGAGAGUGAAGGAGCAGGAAGAGGCUGCACAGCUACAUUUAUCAUUAGGCUCGGCGUAUCCGACAACAUGAAUGCGUAUCAGCAACAGCUGACCCCUCACGCAUGGCCAAGCAGCGCAAAUGCUGAUUCCACCGGUCCGAGGGCUCUUCACGAAGAGAGGAGGCCGUCUUCUCUGAAACCUCGAUACCAGAGAAGCGUAUGAGCUAUAGUGUAAAUGAUCGACGGCAGUUCGGCUCGGCAGCAAGUAGGUAGUAGCUAGUUUUUGUACUCUAAUUUUGUGCUUAGUCUUGCGGUAGCUGGCAUAUAUUGUACAAGUAAUGUGUAUAGCAAAUGGGACUGCAGAGUGCAGUUAUGUUCCUGGGUACAGCACUAACUUGCUGUGUUCAGUAGAAUAUACUGUCAGCGGAUUUGCGUA